UGUCCCUGCCUUUCCCACAAAACCUAAUGGAGGUGCAGCUGCCAAUUGUUGGGAACAGAGAGUGUACCUGUACCUACGGAUUGAGUUUGAUCACAAACAACAAGAUGUGCGCCGAGUUAAAUGUUGGAGGGAAGGGCAUCUGUCAGGGGGAUGGAGGAGGUCCGCUGGUGAGCAAGCAGGGCGGUCGCUGGAUCCAGGGGGGAAUCACGAGUUUCCUCAGUAAUAAGGGCUGCGCAGUGCCUAAUAUCCCGUCAGGCUACACCCGAGUGUCCCAGUAUCAGUCCUGGAUCAACAGCCAGAUCACCAUCAACCAGCCGGGCUUCAUCACCUUCACCUCCACAGGGACUGACGGUGACCUCAGCGUCACCUGUCCUGCCCUGCCACCACCCAUAGCCCAAGUGUGUGGUCAGCCUACGCUCAACACUAAGAUCGUUGGAGGACUGGUGGGCUCUGCAGGCAGCUGGCCCUGGCAGGCCAGUCUGCAAAGCUCUGGAACCCACUUCUGUGGAGGAACCCUCAUUAACAAUGAAUGGGUGCUGACAGCUGCUAACUGCAUCACAAGCACAGGCAUAGGCACGAGCACUCUGACUGUGGUUCUGGGUCUCCAGAGUCUACAGGGAACAAACCCCAAUCAAGUGUCUCGGGCAGUAUCACAGAUCAUCAUUCAUCCCAACUUUAACCCUGGAACUUUUGAAAACGACAUCUGCCUCCUGAAGCUCUCCUCACCGGUGGGUUUCAACGCCUACGUCCUGCCCGUCUGCCUGGCAGCCACAGGCAGCACCUUCUACAAGGGCACUGUCUCCUGGGCCACCGGCUGGGGCAACGUUGGAACUGGAGUGUCCCUUCCUUACCCACAAAAGCUAAUGGAGGUGCAGCUGCCUAUUGUGGGGAACAGACAGUGUAGCUGUACCUACGGAUUGAGCCUGAUCACAAACAACAAGAUGUGUGCCGGUGCUGGAGGGAAGGACAUCUGUCAGGGGGAUGGAGGAGGUCCCUGGUGA